AUGCCGGCGCACACAGCCUCGACCAUUGUCACCGAAGUUGUGUCCGGGUCUCACGUGCUCACAGUCCAGGGAUAUUCCCAUACCAUUGGACACGGCGUCGGCGAGUGCAUCCAAUCGGCUAGUUUCACCGUCGGAGGGCAUAGCUGGGUUAUGGCAUACUUUCCUGACGGUUUCCGCUUAUCAAGAAGCGAUUGCAUAUCCAUUGGUAUAAUAAUGCUUCGUCACACCGAUGCAACCAUCGUCAAGGCAAGAUGCAAGUUCAGUUUAUUGGAUCACCUCGGCAAACCAGUGCCAGAAUACACUAAACCAUACCGUAAUCGCACAUGCGUCGCCCAAGGAGACGGAACGGUGAGUACAACAUUCAUUAGAAGGAGCGUACUGGAGAAUUCGCCGUAUCUUAGAGACGACUGUUUCAGUGCCAGAUGCGAGGUCGACCUCACCAACAUCCGCACGGAGGACGCCACGGCGCCACCCUCUAGCAUGCCUGAGCAACUUGGUCGCAUCCUCGAUACUGGCGAGGCCACGGAUGUGACCUUCGAGGUCGGCGGAGAGACGUUUGCGGCUCACUGGUGCUUGCUCGCCGCUAGGUCCUCGAUGUUCAUGGCGCAGUUUCUUUCGGAUGCUACAACGAGUGUCCCGAUCAAAGACAUGGAGCCAACGGUUUUUAAGGCUAUGCUCCACUUCAUCUACACUGACUCAUUGCCCAAGAUUGAUGAUGACAAUGAUGAUGAAACAGUAAGGAUGUUGUUUGCCGCGGCAGAGAGGUACAACCUCGACAAGCUCAAGAUGAUAUGCGAGAGCAUAUUGUGCAACAACAUUAGCACAAGCACGGCGGCAGCUGCAUUGGCAUUUGCUAAGCAGCAUGGUUGUCUCGCGCUUAAGAAGGCUUGCUUCCAGUUCCUCGCGUCUCUCCAAAACCUCAUGGCGAUCGUAGGGAGUGAUGCCUUUGAGAACCUCAAGUCCACUGAGCCAAAUAUUCUAGAAGACCUAGUCGCCAAUGUCGAUGAUACUCCACCGGAUAACACCGAUGCUACCAACGUCGAGGUAAGUUGCAGGUUUAGUCUGCUGGAUCAGCUGGGUGAACCUGUGCCAGAGUACACAACAGCCGAAGGGCACAUAACUGAAUUUCCAAGAUUUAUUAAAAGGGAGGAACUGGAGAACUCGACGUAUCUGAAAGAUGACUGUUUUAGUAUUAGAUGCGAUGUAAGCGUGUCCAAGGGGAUUCGCGCGCAGCCCACAACACAACUCGUCACUGUGCCACCUCCUGACAUGCUUCAUCAGUUCGGCCGUAUGCUAGAAACCGGGGUGGGGGCAGACGUAACUUUCGAGAUCGGUGGAGAGAUGUUUGCCGCGCAUAGACGCUUGCUCGCUGCUCGCUCAUCGGUGUUCAUGGCACAACUCUUUGGUCCAACGAAGGAGAAUGAUGCAACGCUUAUACAGAUCAACGACAUGGAACCCAAAGUAUUCAAGAUGAUGCUCCACUUCAUCUACACUGACACGUUGCCUAGUAUAGAUGACGGUGUCAUCAUGGAGAUGGCUCAGCAUUUGUUUGUGGUGGCGGGAAGGUAUAAUCUCGAGAGGCUGAAGUUAAUUUGCACAAACAUGCUGUGCGACCAUAUCAACAGUAUUACGGUGGCACUUAUGUUGGCCUUUGCUGAGCAAUAUGGUUGUGAUGGGCUUAAGAAGGCAUGCUUCAAGUUCCAAGCGUCUUCUCAAAACCUCAAGACAGCCACGAGAAGUGAUGGCUUGCAGAUCAUCUAA